AACGAAAGCAUCUUAUACCCAAACUAAGUGAAGUAUCUUUCAACGGGAGUAUAAACACAUAUUCGAUGCCAUUUCACAACUAUAAGUUUUAGGCAAAUAUCAGUUCACAUUAGUGAGCAGACUGGUAAAAUUUCCGUAAUUCUUUUAUUUUCUUAGUUAAUAGAAAGAUUGGAUCAUAUGUUUUUUACGUUCACAAGAUUGUAUCAUAUGUUAUGAACAACAAUUGCAUUCAUUUAUUAUAACAGUUUAUUUUUCUAAUGAUUUGUGUAACUCUGAUUGUGUAGGAUAGUCAAAUGGGUGGGAAUGAAACUCAAGAGCUUCCGGUCAUCAACCUCUCUGACAAGAACCUGAAACCGGGAACAGAGCUCUGGAACUCGACGAGAAACAGCGUCCGUGAAGCUAUGGAACACCAUGGUUGGUUCGUGGCCGAGUACAACAGCUUUCCAGCAGAACUCCACAAGUCAGUUCUAGAAGCUUCCAAGGAACUACUUGAUCUUCCUCCCGAAGUUAAGGUAACGAACGAGAACCACAAGGCUGGACACGGCUACAUAACCAUGAUCUCCGAUGAUCAGCCCGUUCAUGAAGGUCUUGGUAUUGACCAAGCCAACGAUAUCCAACAAUGCCGCCAAUUCUCCCGUCUCAUGUGGCCUGAUCAUCAUGACAAUGACCGUUUCUGUGAAAUUGUUAACGCAUAUGCGAAAAUGCAAGCGGAGCUGGAGCAACUGGUGAUAAGAAUGCUCUUUGAAAGCUAUAACCUAGAGAGGUAUACAGAGAAACACAUAAGAGGAUCACGUUACCUUCUUCGGUUGCUGAAAUACAGAAGACUCCCUAAUGGAGAGCCCAACAGGAAGUUCAUUUCUCAUACGGACAAGAGCUUCAUCUCCAUCCUCCAUCAGAACCACAUCACUGGACUCAUGUUGAAAUCCGAGAAAGAGGACGUUUGGUAUCCUUUUAUCCCUUCACCAACCCGGUUUGCUGUUAUAGCAGGCGACGCCAUCAUGGCGUGGAGCAACGACAGAAUCAAAUCGUGUUACCACAAGGUGGAGAUGGAGAGCGUGGAAAUGAGGUAUUCAUUUGGUUUCUUCUCGUUUCAAGAAGAGAUGAUAUCGACACCAGAGGAGAUGGUGGACAAGGACCAUCCUUUAGCAUACAAGCCCUUUAACCAUGACGGACUUCUAGCUUUCUACGAAACGGUGGACGUUCAUCUGAAGGCACACCGUACGAUGACCAAAGUCUAUUGCGGUAUUCAACAAGCGCAUGAACCAUAAUCACAAGCAUAUACAAACCUAGUUAUUUUCAACCAAAAUGUAUCCUUUUCGUGAUCUUGUUAUUUAGUACCAUACUACCAUGUCUGCUCUAUUAUAUCUUUGAAACUAAUGAUUUGAACCUA